UUCGUUCCGGGCCACUUUUUGUUUUCCAACACGAUGAUGAAAUCAAUUUUCUUUCUCUUUCUUCUGUCCACGGGUGCCAAUGCCGCCAUUACACGUCAGGAGUGUACGGAUCAAGGAGGUACAGUUGUUGGAAGUGCUGGAGAUGGAGCCAUCUUUGAGCCUGGAUACAUGUGCGAAGCCACCAGCGCCGCUCCCACGGAUACCGUGGUAGAUGAGCCCAUUGCUACGGAUGGAGAAGUCUGCUGUGGAGGAACUGGCAGUGGCAUUGAUCCUCCUCCUAUGGGUGAAGGAGGCUUGCCGGGAGAUGGACCAGAAGGUAUGCCGGGAGAUGUCCCUCCACCAGAAGGAGAUGGUCCACCACCACCCCCAGAAGAAGAAGAGUUGCCAGUGGUCACUGAUGGUGACAUGCCACCACCACCUCCUGUCAAUGGAACCGAUGACAUGCCUCCUCCUCCUCAUCUCAAUAACAACGAAACCAAACCUCAUCCUCCACCACCACCAGGCCACAAUGAUACGAUGGAAGAAGGCGGCGAUGCGAUGCAGAGUACCAGUGGAGCAAUGACACAACGACUUGGUGAAAUGGCAGCAUUGGUGAUUGGAGCUCUUUGCUUGACCAUUUAAUUGAAAAAGGUACCCCGGAGACGUUGUAUUGGAGACUCUAUGGUACUAGAUGUGCUUGUUUCGAAGCAUGGCCACCUACUUGUAGUAUAUCAAGGUUGUUAAACUAGUUGGCUCUAUCAGAAAUCU